AUGAUCUUGCCAGACGACUCGGCACCUAUCUCGCCCGCCAAGGCCCGCGCGGAGCCGCUGUCCGCCGUCCCUGAAGAGGAUCGCAUCGCGCCCCCGCCGGCGUACCCUGGACAUUCGAUUGAGCCGUAUCGCGCCUCCCGCAACGUCGAUGUUGAGGCCCAGACGAGCAGCGCGUCGACUCCUCUCAUUUCUCCACCACCACCACACCGCGGUGGGCCUAUCAAGCGAGGAGAGCGCGCAGGGAAACGUUUCAUCAAAGCUUUCCUUUGGGCCGUCGUUAUCUACCUCUCGGUGGCAUGGGCUAUCAAGGGGGUGGUGACGAUAGCAUUCUGGCGAGGCAGUAGGAAGGGUAGUCAUGACUUCCCUUGGCCAAUGCCCUCCGACGGCUUGGUGCACUCAUGUUUCGGCCCCACAUACGUCUCAGGAGAUAUCAGCACUGGAGGCGUCGCGCCCUUCUCGUUGACACUGCCGCUGUCCUCAGACGCGAUUUAUCUCUUUAGCAGAGGGACUCUGGCGCAUGGCUCCGUUGAAAUAUUGACGUCAAGUCACGAGAACUUUCCGGAGGACUCUGUGACGAUCAAGAUAUAUCCCAAAGGCUCGAAGGCAGACCUAGCCAUGACCAACGUCUGCGUAGUUGAACGCGCUCCGUCUCAGCUGGGCGUUGCACUCUUGACACCAGCGAAUUGGCCCAAGGAUGUUGGCGGUUUCCAUAUCGAGGUCGUCUUUUCUUACCGAACAGUAAACACGACGUUCGUGAACGCAUUCGAAACCAACCUCCCUCGAUUUUCGCACCACGUGAACCUUAAAGGCCCAGUAGACUUCCGCUCCAUUAAUCUGCAGUCGGGCCUUGCCAAGAUUGAUAGCACGUUCGUGAAGGCAAAGAACUUGACGGCUGUCACUUCCAAGGACAAGAUUACUGGUGUAUUUCACGCCUCCGACCAGCUUACUCUCAAGACAUCAAACGCUUCGGUCGAUGUCAGCGCCUUUGUCGCGAACGAUCCCUCGAAUACGUCUCGCGUCCUACUCACGUCCAAUAUUCACCUCCUCUCGACCUCUGCAGCUUUAUCCCACGCGCCACCAUUACCAGACCCCUCCCUCAUCAAUGGCUCUUUCAUCGUCGACAUCCACACCACCAACGGAGCUCUCAGCGCCCAUAUUCACGACCAGCCUGUCGACUCCCACCUGCAGCUCGUAGGAACGACACAGAACGCACCUGUGCAGGUGAUAUUGCAUCCCGCCUACGAGGGCACGUACAGCUUGCGUUCGUUGGGCGGCGCUGUCGCCGUGGAUCCGAUAUCAAGCACGGAUCCGUCGAACCGGUACAGGUAUCGCAGGUCGUUCCCUCAGCAGAGCUCGCACUCGUCUGCGACGGGCAAGGUCCUGUGGAUGCCCUACAGUGGUCCGGGUGAGGGCAGCGUGACGCUGUCGACCUCCGUAAGGCCGAUUCAAUUAAGUGCAUGA